AUGGACAAAAUUAUCAUAAAACGUAAACACACAAAAGAAGAUGAAUCACGAGAAAUACGACCUUCUACAAGUGAAUCCUGUGCCAUUGAUGGUGGCAAAACAUGUGGUGAACUGGCCUCCAGCAGUAAAGGACAAAGUAAAAAAAGAAAGACAAGACCAAUACAGGAUGAACACAGGAAAUUUAACGAUGCAUGGACUGAGGAAUUCUUAUUUGUAGCUCAGGGAACCAAUUCACUUUGUUUAAUUUGCCAAAAAUUAUGCUCGGGUUUUAAACGUGGCAAUUUGGAACGUCAUCUUCGUACCACUCAUGCAAGUUUCAAUCAGACAUUCCCACUUAAAAGCAAUCUGAGAAAAAAGAAAAUUGAGGAGCUGUCCAGUCAUAUUGCAGGGCAACAAAGGCUAAUUCACAGGACAUCCACUGUUGCAGAGAAUCUGACCGAGGCAACAUAUGAGAUUGCAUGGAUCUUGGCCAAACACAAGAAACCUUUCACAGAUGCAGAGGUUGUUAAAGAAUGUUUUUUGGCCUCAGCAGAGAAAAUGUACUGUAGUUUCAGUAAUGAAGAUGCCAUUUUAAAACAAAUCAGAGGCUUGCAACUAUCAGACACAACCAUAAUGAGGAGGACUGAAGAAAUCGGCAAUGACAUUCGUCGCCAAUUAAUUGCAGAUCUAUCAGCUGUUCCAUGCUUUAGCAUUGCACUGGACGAAAGCACAGACAUUUGUGAUGUUGCACAGUUGUGUGUAUGGGAGGCUCUUGUGGCAAAGCUCAAAGACGGUGAGCUUCAAAAGGUAAUGCAGCUGGUUGUUCGGGUGGUAAAUUUUAUUGUUUCAAGGGCACUGAAUCAUCGUCAGUUUCAUGAGCUGCUGGCUGAAUUUGAGACAGAAUAUGGAGAUUUAGUAAUGCACAAUGAAGUGAGAUGGUUAUCUCGAGGCAGAGUACUUGAUCGAUUCUUGAGUCUCCUACCUCAAAUUCGUGAGUUCACCUCAAGCAAAGGAAGAGUUGAACCUGAACUGGAAAAUCCUGAGUGGAUAAUGAAACUGGCAUUAUUAACUGACCUCACCUGCCACCUGAAUGCACUAAAUCUCAAGCUACAGGGAUGUGACAAGCAUCCAGCUGGAAUGCUAGGUGUGGUGACAGCAUUCCAAAACAAGAUCACAUCACUUUUCAUACCAGACAGACAAUUUGUGCAUUUUCCAAACCUUAGAAAAACCACGCUUGCCAAUCCAGACAUGUUGCAAAGUUUCAGCUAUGACACAUUCGAGAAUACAUUAAAAGAUUUGGGGCAGGAGUUUGAGUCAAGAUUUAUGGAUGUAAUGAAGUAUAAGGAAUUCUUCACUUUCAUUGAGACCCCAUUUAAUGUGCAUGUUUCAACCUUGAGCCCUAUUCUCGAUGAAUUGUGCCCUGAUCGUGCAUCUGUGGAAUCUGAGAUUGUUGAGCUGCAGGCAAAUGAAACUCUGAAAGCAGUUUUAAAAUCAGGUGAGGAAAAUUUCUGGCACAUUGUUCCUGAUAUGGACUACCCAACUUUGAAGCAGACUGUGCAAAAAGUGAUGUGUUAUUUUGUGAGCACAUACACUUGUGAAUCAACAUUUUCAACUAUGAAUAUUGUGAAGGGGAAACAGAGAAAUAGAGUCACUAGUGGACAUCUGGAUAUCCUAACAAGAAUAGCCGUCACAAAUUACAAGUUCAGCAUGGAGAAAGUCAAAGAACAGCUGACUCAUUUCCGGUCAUCACAGCAUUAA